CGAUUUCCUUUGUUCGAUUAUAAUGUCAUUGCACCAGCCGCUGACAUCGGUCCUAAGAAUCAUAAAAACACUAAAUACGACGCAUAAAGUUAACUGAAUAGACCUAAAUAUAACUAAAAAAAAUCAUUUCAAUCACGAUGAGUGCCUCUACGAACUCUACAAAAUUCCGAGUAUCAGACAAGAAACCUGAAUGUUUCAAAAGUUUCUCCGAAAAGAAAACAGCCGAGAAAACAUCAAUUUGCGUACAAUCGCAACUGUUUAAUCAAAACCAUUGUACGGAAGUAUUAAUGGAGUCCCCAUAUUCCUCGAGAGUGCAACCCAGCAAUAAUGGAUUUGUCCGAACCGUAAUCAAUUGCUAUAACAACCACCACAAUCUGGUCAUUCGUCCUGAUGACAUUUGGACGGCUAUAUUGACUCAAUUCUCGUUUUAUAUCAAUAAGAAUGCUGAAGAGCUCCGCAAUCAAUUCGUCAAUUUUGAUGGGAAGAAAGAACUUGUCGUUUGCAUCGAUGGAACACUUCGUGCAGCACCCUAUGACCUGUUUGUGACGAAAAUGACGGAGAAAAUCGACGAUAAUCUCGUGGAUAAGACGGUGAAAAAUUGGAUUUUGCCAAAUUUUUCAACAACCACCACUGAGGACAUGAUUUCUUGUGGAAUAGUAUUCAUGGCAACGACGAAAAAGUACUUUGAUUAUACUUGUCGUUUUUUGUGUGGCAUUCCAUACGUAACUGUAGAAGGAACAAUAGCCGACUGGAAAAGCAUCCUAAGUCGACUGGAGAAGUUGAAGGAGUACAAGUUGGACAAAUGGUACGAAAUGCUGAAGCCAAUUCUGGAAGAGUUCAUCGCCGCCAAGAACAACGAACCAAACAUCGAAUUUUGGAAUCGUAUUUGCAGUCACUUUGGAGGUGGUUCCGGCUCCAGCUACAUUAGUGGAUGGUUGACUGCAUUCGCUGUUUUCGAUGUGGAAGGUAAUUGGAUGGAUCAUGGUAAUCAGCGAGGUAAAGUAGGACCUUGGCCAGUAAUUGACAUGGAUAAGAUUCCUACUGGUAUCGUAGCCGUCGACGUUAAAAUCGAAGAAAGAAGCGCAACGUAUGAAAGCGUAAUGUUUGCAGGUCAUACUGGUUUCGACGUGCUAGAAGAUAAUUGCACGCUGAAACCACAAAUCGGUUGGAGUAUUGCUCUGAAGCUGACUGCUGCUGAAAUUGAUACAUUCCAUGAAACCGCUCGCGGAAAGAAUCAGUAUCGUUGUGAGCGGUGCCGAGUGAGUACCACAAGGUUGUUUCCGAAUUAAUGAAUUACGUGGUUCUGCUUCAUGCAAAAGUGACAGAAAAGAAUUCACGAAAAAUAAAUCGAAAAUAUUCUUCAUGUAAUGGAUCAUUUACGCAUCGGGAAAUUGCUAUGGAAUAGUCAACUAUUGCAUAGGACAGGCAGUAAAAAUAUUUCCUUUUUUUUUAAUUUUAAUUUACAGAGAAUUUUAUUUACUAACCAAUGCCUUGCACUAUCGCUUUAAUGAAUAAUUGUAAAGGUGCGUUAAAACUUCGGGUGAUAAUAUCUAUUCACGUCCAUACGUCGUGUGGGUCAAUUUUACUUUAUUUUUUGCUACAAUUUAUAUGAUAUUUACAGUAAAGUGCUUAUGAAAUAAAGGGAAAUAUAUUGGAUACUAAUAAACGACCGAUAUUUUU